AUGAACUUCCCGCCCCCGCAGAUACAGGAUGCUAUCGGAUCGGACGACAUUGAUAGGCUCCUAGCAUGGCUUCAUAGCCACCCGGAGCCGAGCUACAAAGAGUUACAAGGAUGCCUAACCGUUGCGAUGCGAAAUGGAUCACUGCGCAUGCUCAAAACUCUGCUGGACCAUGGCGCUACGUUAUCGAUUCUAUCGUUCAACGCAGCUUUCGCUAGAGAUGAGCCUGCCGCGUUCCAAGAACUCAUCGAUCAUGGCUGGGAUGUCAACAGCACAGAGUUUGAAACACCAGCUGUCCACCGAGCUCAGCGUUCCGAAAACCUACUACGCUGGUUCCUCGAUCACGGCGCAGACCCAAACAUCAAGUCCGUAAGACGAGGGUCAUGUCUGCAGCCUUGUACCGCCCUCGCCUCAGCGGCACGUCGGGAAGACGCAACACCACUGCAGAUUCUGUUGUCUCAUGGGGCCACUAUGGAUCCGUUGGCACUGUUUAGCGCCAUUGGAGUUCGGGGCCAAAGGAACGGCAUCGCUACUAUGGCUGUGUUGAUCGAUCAUGGUGCCGAUGUCAACUACGUGUCAAAGAAGUGGGCUACGCCGCUCGACCACGCCGUUCGACAUAACGCCAAAGAGAAACUGUUGUAUCUGCUGAAACAUGGUGCAGAUCCUACCAUUCGGUACAAGGUAGGUCGAACGACGCCAAUCGAGUACGCGCAGGAACGCGGUCGCGAGGAGUUGUACGAAAUUCUGAAAGCAGCCGAACUUGGUCAACCUUAG